CGUUAUCAAUGAACGACUCAUUUUGACAAUAGUUUUGUUUGUUUUGUUUUUUGACAUUUAUUUGUUAUUAUAGACAACUGAUUGUCCACUUUGUGGUCAAUAAGUAGUAGUAGUAGUAGUGAUGACAAUGUUGUCCAUCAGUGAUGAGCACAAGGAGGUCAUCAUAAGGUUAGUGAACGACAUCGUCAGCGACACUCCGCUCAUCACUAAUCUGACGGAUCGGUCAAAAGUAAGCAACAAAUUGGUUAAACUGAUCCAUUGGUUUGAAAGAUCAGUCAACUCAGGCGCCCAAAGUUUGUCACUAUUGAGAUGUGUAUCGUUUGAGGCUUUGAUUGAGAACUGGCUUUUGGACUACUAUUGCGAAGAGUCAGUAAUGGACUCGUUUGACAUCGAGGAAGGCAUUGAACACGAGUUGUCCACCGCUGCUCUUCUUAUACUUUAUGUUGUCUACAAGUUUUCCGUUUGUUUUCCCCAUAUUGUCAUGUAUUUUAACGAUAGUUGGCAUCAAAUGCAAGAAUUUAACACUAAAUUGGAUCAAAUGCUACAAACAGACAAAAUUAUACAACUAUUAUACCAACAAAUUGAUGACAAAACUAAUGAUAACGAAGAGAAAAGAGUACUUCCGAUGAAUGAUUUGAUUGGCAAGAGUGACGAUUGCACUAAUCAAAGACAAUCACAGGGUAACGACAUCUGUAUGAAUAAUGGCUCUACAGAUGCCAAAGCAAACAGACAUGAAAACUAUUCAUCAUUUCCAUCAACAUCGACAACAAAUGAGACAAUUAUUUUGCCACAAGUUUUAGACAUACCCACAGAAACACCGUUUAAAACAAAUACCAACAAUCAAACAACGAAACAGUUAUUUGUCUGUAAUUAUUGUUACCGUUGUUUUCAAUCAAAUUAUAAACUAAAGAGACAUGAGUUUGUCCACAAACCUCAAAACAAACCGUUCACUUGUCACUGGCAGGGAUGCGAUCUACGCUUUCGGUCAUCAUUUGAUAUGAGACGACAUAUGGUCACCCAUACCGGCGAACGACCGUUUAGUUGUAAUAUUUGUGACAAACGUUUCUCAAGAGCUGACAAAUUAAAAGAGCAUAAAUCUAUUCAUUUGAAAAAAUCAGAAGAAUUGUUGGCUAAACAACAAAUGGAUGAUGAGUUGCCACUUAUCAGUGAUAACAAAGAUACAACAAAUUUGAUAAUUAAUUUUGAACCACAUAUUCAACAAUCAAUUGCCUUUUCUUGAAGAUUUGACAACAAAUUCAUAUUUUAUAUGAAGAUAAUACAAUACAAUAGUAAUCAAUUAGUAGGUCCAAGAUUAUCACCCCAUGACGUCCAUAUCUUUAGUGACCAAUUUUUUUCUAAUAACUAUCACUCAUUUACUGUAUUGUUUCUCAAGUGUUG